AUGGCGUACACAAAAGGAAAGUCAUCAACUGAUACGGCGAAGCUACGAAGGAAUGAGGAUGUUGACAAAAGGCGGUUGCGUAAUCGCCUAGCUCAGCGAGCAUUCCGCCAAAGACAGGCGGGUCGUAUGAAGGAGCUCCUAGAUCGGGCGGACUCAAGCGACAAACCUUACGACGAAGUCAUUCGCUCAUUGCAGGAAGAGAAUAGCGGUUUACGGAGGAGCCUCAUCGAGGUCCAAGCAAAAUUGGCUCGGCUGGUUGCGACAAUACAGACUUUAUCAGGAACUGUUUCUAAAGCUCUGGAUGAUUCAGACUUGGGAAAAUCUUCACUGGAUUCAAAAGAUUUGAUUGACGAUUGCGGAUCGUCGAACUGCAAAAUUAAUGAGCCUACCUCGAGGGAACCGGAUAAUUCGGACUUCCUGAACGUUGAGAGUAUAAAUGAUGUUUUUAAGAACACCAUUCCUUGGACGGAGGCUACUCAACUGGCGACAAUUCAAUCUACAGUGUGUGAACAAGACCUCGGAGCAAAUAUAGCGGCUAGCUUCAACUCCCUAGCUCAACAGAUUCCCAGCUUAUGGUCGUUCGAAUAUCAGAUGGGCCUUGAUCCAUACACUGCCGCUCUUGCAACCAGCGAAGAGUCUAGCCUAGCUUUGGGAAAGGCUUGGACUGAGUCAAAUUCACCAUUUUCAGACCAUAUUCACGUUCUUCAACGCCUCAUGAAGAACAAAAUCGAGCACAAGAUGAAGUUACCCGGGGAGAACAGUAAUUUCUUCUAUCAAGAGGUCCUCAUGGUACUUGCCCUCUUUAAUAGUAUGACACGACCGGAUGUUAUGCGAUGGUACGCCAAAACACGAUUUUAUCACAUCGUCAACUUAACAGCUUGGCAAAUCAUGCCCUGCACUCGGACCUUCAACGCCAUACAUCCCCAGUACAAGCCUACCACACUUCAACUUCAAAACGCUUACCCGAAAGUCAUAGACUGGAUACCGUUUCCAUCGAUUCGCGAUCGACUAAUCCAGCUACACUCGGCGAAUCCGAAAAUCGAUCAAAUAUUCUGUGAUACCGUUAGUAGCUACGUGGUCGAAACUUGGAUGACGGAUUUGAUUGAAGGGGCACCAAUGGUUAAAGCCUAUGUUCGCGUGACCGACCUUGUCCCGAAUAUUGAUUCGUCUACGACAACUAGUGCAGACAUCUUCUCACUUGGUGUCACUCUCCCAGCUCCAGAUGUGGCUACACUCUUCUCAUCUUCGGAAUAUUGUCGAGCGGUUUUUAACUUCCUCAAAAUGGAUCACAAUGUGUCUAAUUAUAAACUCGAUCCCGCUUUCUUCGCGAGCUACCCGGAACUAUACGAUCACAAUGCUGAUAUUUCGGCCGAGGGAAUUCCGCUAAGACCGGAGGUUCAAACACGAUUGACUCGACCGAAGCCUCUCGAAUCACAAACUUUCCAGACAUAUCGAUAUUUUAUUGAUUUUGCCUAUGACUGGCCACUAUGUGUUCCAGGCGUAGCGUGA